AUGGAGCUCAUUAUAUCUGAGGUACAAAAAAGGAAUGUUCUUUGGAAUAAAUUGAAUACAAAGUAUAGAGACAGAUUGGUGUCUGAGAAAAAAUGGGAAGCUGUUGCCAGAAUAGUAAACAUAAAUAGUAAGUGUAUUUGAAUAAUUAUUAACAUUUCAAAUUAAUAAAAUAAUCAAAUUAAAAUCAAAUUAAUAAAAUAAUCAAAUUAAAAUCAAAUUAAAUCAAAUAGGUACCUUACAUUCAAUAAAAGAUUUAAUUUUUGUUAUUUAUAUAGUGUAAUAAUAAUUAAUAACUAAAUAACUAAAAGUUGGAUAUGAUUUUAGACUUUUUUUUGGAGAAAAUUAUUCUUUUCAAAAUACUUAACAAAUUUAUUUCUUAUAUUAAUUGCGGUACUUGAAGCUCGAUUGUUGGCUCUGCCUUUUGCAAUUUAGCGAUAUCAUUUUUUUAUGGCCCUUGGAUGUGUCUGUUCUAUUAUCUUCGAGGACGUAAUGUUAUAUUGAGGAUUUUUUUCUAAAUCUAUUAUUAUAUUGUGUAAAAUACAAAUAGCUUUUACAAUGUGAUCUGCGUUUUCUACUUUUGUUUCUAUUGAUAUUAAUAGAAUUCAAAAUUUUGAAGAAGCUAUGCCAAAUGCACACUCUAUAGUCAUUCGUGCUCACGUAUGUCUAUAGUUGUAGUACUGUUUUUCGUUUUCUGACAUUGUUUUCUUGGAAAUGGCCGCAUUAAGUAAUUUUUUAACGUAAAAGCUUAAUCCCCUAUAAAUACAAAAUACGCCAGGACGUUUGAAUUUGGUAAUUUUAUUUCAGUAGGUAGUUCAAGGGAACCGUUUUCAAUACGUUGGUAAAAUUUAGAAUUGAACAUAAAACCACCAUCGCUAUCUUUCCCGUAUCCACCUACGUCUACCAUCAAAAAUCUCUAACUUGCGUCAGCUACUGCCAUCAGAACAAUUGAAUGAUAUUGUUUAUAAUUAAAAUACAUACUUCCCGAAUUUGCAGGGCAUCGCAGUCUAAUGUGUCUACCGUUAAUACUUCCCACACAGUUAGGAAAGUUCCAUUUUUCGUAAAAUUCUGUUGCUGUGCUCUUAAAAGUAUCGACACUUGGAGAAGGCAUAUGUUUAAAUUUUAACGUAUUCCAUAUUGCUUUACACAUUUCAAUAAUAAUAUUUAAGACUGUAGAUUUAGAUAUUCUGAAUGACAUGGCGAUUUGCCUGAACACUAGUCCUAUUACCUACAAAAUAUAUUUUUCACGAGUUUAGUUAAGAAUAAAAAUUAGUUCACAGGAGAAGAUGGAAAAAUAUAAGAGACACGUAUUUAAAAGAAAAAAAAAAAGUAAAAAAAGAACCAUUCGGGAGACUCUCAAGAAAAUGCAGAGAUGUAUACAGGUAAAUGGGUCUAUUACCAUAUAUUGCAUUUUUUAAAAGAUACAACCACUCCCAGAAUUACUGAGGGAAAUAUCUCUGAUGAAAACGAAAUGUCUGACUUAUCAGAUUUAGAAGAAGAUAAUUCAUUUUGUGGUAUUUUUAAUGAUACUCAAGAUAUUCUAAGUCCUGAAAAUCCAGUUCCUGUCCCAGAAUUAUCUUUCAUUAUUCAAAAUAUUUCAAAUUUGUCGCAUGAUGAUAUUUUAACAAGUAUUUCCAAUGAUUCAGAUACUUUUUUAAGAAAACCUUCUGCAAUAAAAAAAAAAGAAAAAACAAGUUUUGAAAGUGAACUAAUAAAAUUGGAAAACUAA